AUGGCCCCUCAAAUCCACAUCAAACAGCAAGAUAUCCGAUUCCCAUCAUGCCAAAUGAAAGUUGUCAUUGUUGGUGCAGGCCUUGCAGGACUUGGUUCUGCGAUAAGUUGCGCGCUCGCUGGGCACAAGGUCGAGGUCCUGGAGGCAACACGGGAGAUCAAAGAGGUCGGGGCAGGUAUCCAGAUUCUACCCAACAGCUCGCGUGUACUCCAGCACUGGGGUCUGGAAAAGGCAUUGACACCGCACAUGACCUUUCCCCGGGUGUGCAAUUUUCUUGGAUGGAAGGGAAAGCUCAUCUCGUCGUUGGACUUUCAGGCGUCGGAGAGUAACUACCCGGGCACUUGGUAUCGGGACUUCCAUCGUGCGGACCUGCAUCAAUGUCUGGUUGAUAGAGCGCUUGAAUUGGGAGUGAAUAUUACCUGCAAUGCUCGUGUGGCGGAUGUGACUGUGAGCGAGGAUGGGACCAGGGCUACAGCGACUGCGGCAGAUGGGAGACAGUGGAUUGGAGAUCUUGUCAUUGGGGCGGAUGGAGUGUUUGGGAAAUUGACGGAGAAAUUGCUGGGCCGAGUUGACCCGCCGAUCAAGACUGGUGAUCUCGCAUACCGUUUGUUGUUGUCGACAGUGGAGAUGCGGAAGGAUCCUGACCUUGCCGAAUUGGUGACAGACCCUCAGGUCAACUACUGGUUGGGUCCAGAUGCUCAUGCAGUGAACUAUGUUCUUCGCGGCGGAGAGUUGUUUAAUAUGGUACUGCUUGUCCCGGACGAUAUUCCUGAGGAAUCUUUAGCAUCGACGAUCGAAGGGAAUGUGGAAGAGAUGUGUGGGUUGUUCAAAGACUGGGAUCCUCGCAUCCCCAAACUCCUAAAGCUCUGCGAGUCUGUCCAGAAAUGGCGUCUCUGCAUUCGAUUCGGAGACUUUGACUGGACCCAUUCCUCCGGGGCAUUUUUGAUGCUGGGCGACGCAGUUCACGCUACGUUGCCGUAUUUGGCCUCUGGUGCAGGAAUGUCCUUCGAGGAUGGAGCAGUUCUCGGCGAAUGCCUCUCUCGACUCCCGAAUAGCCCUGGUACCUCUAAGACCUCGGCUGACUUCCUGGCUGCCAAGCAACACGCCCUUGCCGUCUUCCAAGAAUGUCGCAAGCAACGAACAAAGAUGAUUGUUGAGCGGGGGAAUAUACAACAAUACCUCUACCACCUACAUGACGGCGCUGAACAAGAAGAAAGAGAUCGCAAGAUGCAAAUGGUCCCUACUCCUGAGGGAGAAGCACUGGCUUGGAGAGACCCUGGUCUUGCACCCAAAUUGUUAGGAUAUGACCACAUUGCAGAUGUUGAUCGUCGGUGGGGUAAAUCAUUAGGAACUGCCACUGUUGAGUCAAGACUGUAG